AUGGAAAGUUCAAGAAAGAAAGUCGUUAUUACAGGAAUCUCUGGUUUUCUUGGCUCUCAAGUAUGCAAAACAUUCUUAGAGUCUGGAAAGUACCAUGUCAGAGGCACUGUUAGAGAUAAAAACAAUGAAAAAAAGAUAGGUCCUCUUAGAAAAGCUUUUGGAUCUCUUUUUAAUGACCUAGAAUUGGUUGAAGCUGAUUUGAUGAAUGCUCAAUCUCUAGAUUCAGCUAUCCAAGGUAUGGAUUUUGUCAUUCACACAGCAUCUCCUUUCCCUGGAGAGAAGCCAAAGGAUGAGAAUGAAAUCAUAAAGCCAGCAGUAGAAGGUACUAUGGCUGUGGUUAGAGCAGUUCACAAGUAUAAAGUAAAGAGAGUUGUCAUCACAUCUAGCGUUGCCUCUAUAAUGUUUUAGACUGAAGAAACCAAGAAAGAUAUAUACACUGAAGCGGAUUGGUCUAAUCUCAAAGGAUGUGAGCCUUAUGAGAAAUCUAAGACCUUAGCUGAAUAAGCUGCCUGGGAUUAUUUGAGAGAUUUACCUGAAAAUGAGAAAUUUGAGCUGGUUACAAUAAAUCCAUCUUUAAUCCUAGGACCUAGUAUUGUUCAAUCCGAUUUUACCUCUGGGAUUGUCAUUCAAAAAAUAAUGGGAGAAAAAUUCCCAGGAAUGCCAAAAAUUAUGUUCCCAAUUGUUGAUGUCAGAGAUGUAGCUCUGGCUCAUUUGAGAGGAAUCGAAGUGGAAGAAGCCAAAGGUAAUAGAUUCAUUCUUAGUUGCAAAGGAGUCUGGUUUGUUGAGAUAGCCUCAGCACUUAAGAGUGAAUUUGGAAAGUCUUACAAAAUCAAAGAUAAGGAAUUAAGUUAUUGCACAAUCAAAAUUGCAGCAUUAUUUGACAAAUCAGUGAAACUUAUAGUACCUAUGUGGGGCAAAACACUCAACCUUGAAAACUAAAAGUCAAGAGAUAUUCUUGGAAUAGAUUACAUCUACCCUCAAAAGAGUGUCAUCGAUAUGGCUCACAGUAUGAUUGAAUCAGGCCUUAUCAAAAACAAGAUUAAGAAAUGA